AUGGGAGAAAACUUAACUUAACUAGUUCCUAUAAUCUAUCGAAUAAAUUUAAUAAAUAGUUAAAGAAAUUUUGGAAAACCAAAAAAAAUAAACAAAUUUGAGCUAAACAGAUAAUUUAUAAAUGUUAAAACCUUUGAGAUCAAAGAAUAGAUUAUUGAAUAAUAAAUAAAUCUAAAUUUCAUAAAGCCAAAUCUAAGACCAUUCACUUUUGAAUUGAUGAAUUAAAAUACUAUUAAAUAAGAAGUUGGUUGUUAUGCAAUCGCGAUUAAUAACGAUAACUCAAUUGUUUUAGCAGGGUGUGGUAUGUAAAUUAAAGUAUUUCAUCUCAAAUAAGGAAAAUUAAAUGAAUCAUAGCUCUUAAGUUAUCAUUAACAAGAUGUUUUAACACUAAACUUUAUGAAGAAAUCAAAUCAUUUUGUAUCUGGAAGUACAGAUAAACAAUAGGUAGUUUAUUAUUGAAUAAUAAUGAAAAUUUUAUUAUCUCAGGCAGUUAUGAUUCAUCUAUUAAAUUUUGGAAUAAAUAAAAUGGAUGGUUGUGUUAAUAAACCAUUAAAGAUCAUACUAAUUAUGUCUAUUCAUUAAGUUUAAUUGAAAAGUAAGAUAAAUUGAUCUCUUGUUCACUUGAUUCAUAAAUAUUCGUAAUUGAAUAUUCUUAGAAUGAUUAGAAAUGGAAUGUGAUUUAAAAGAUAAAAGUAGAAUAACAUGGACGUCGAUUAAGUUUUAUAAAUGAUAAUUAAUUCACAUUUUAACCUUAUAUUCAAGAAUAAAUGCAUGUAUAUUAUAUAAAUAGUAGAAAUCAAUAAUUUUUUAAGUCCAAGCAAAUUACUGUAAAAUCUGGUUCACUUUGUUGUAUUAAUCAAUUUCCAUAAUAAUAUUUAAAAUGUAAAUGUCUUUUAGUGAAUAAAAAUGGUUACCGUAUCAACUUAAUUAGAAAGUUAUAAAACGGAGAUUUUCUGACUGAAUAAACUAUUAAAUUUGAUCAUCCUCAUAUUUUUGGUUAAUUAAGUGAUGAUGGUGAAUAUUUAAUCACUUGGGAUUAGAAAUCAAAAGAAAUACAAAUUAGAAAAUGCGAGGAAUUAUGA